CUGUUCGAAAUUCAAACGAGUCGACCGUUGCAUUCUCUGUUCUGAUCCCCAAGCUCCUCUUCCUCUCCCGACUAUCUUCUUUCUCAAUAGAUUUUCCUCUCCUUCAUUGCACUGAAUUUCAAUGGCCGCGUCCACCAGCUUCUCGUUUACAGAGGACGAGAUGGCAAUCGAUGAAGACCUCGGAUUCCCUAAAGCUUAUGCCAAGCUCUGCCAGAAUCCGCAUUUCUUCGAUCUGUGCAAUCGAGGCCCACCUUCUAUUUUCAUUCCUUACAAAUUGCAGACUCCAGAAGCACUGAUAGCAAGGGAUCUGAACCACAUGUUCCCCAUUAUUGAUGCAGACAGAAAACCAUCACCAAAUCCUAGGAAUUACACCAGUCUCUUAUGGAAGCAGCUCAUCCAUCUCGGGGACGCUGGUUUUGAUCCUACUCAUUUUCGAGUCGACCCAUAUGGCAACGUUCUUUACUUCCAUGCUGAUUUGGGUUCUCCCCUUGCUUGGGAAAUCGACCACUGGUUUCCUUGCUCAAGAGGGGGAAGGACUGUCCCUAGCAACCUGAGGCUAUUACAGCGACAAGUAUGUAGAAAGAAGCAAAACAAGCUGGAAUUUCUCAUUCCGUGGUGGGACCUGCAAUUGGGUAUCUCUGUCAAUCAGUUCCUUUCUAUAUUCGCUUCGAAAAACUCGGAUUUCAGGAAUAGAGCAUUUUCAUGGUUGUUCUCAGACUCCGAAAAUGCAGAAUUGAAUGCUACUCCAGUGGGGGAGUUUCAUAUUUUUCCACAUCAUUUCGUUGAGAUGAGCCGGAAAGUAGGCCUUGCUCCAGCAGCCAUUGUUUCAACACGUGGAGAACUGGAUGCAUCAGCUCUGAAACCCGUCGAUCUAAAUAGACUUCCUGCGCCAAACUCUCCUGCAAUUUCUGCAAGGAAAUUUUCAAUUGAAGAUGAUGCUCUCUGCAAGACGAUUCAGCGACUUAGACCAAAUACAUUGAAAGAAAAUGAUAAUUCUGACAUGGGUAAUAACCCAUAUGCUACCAUUGCAAUGGCUAGAGAUUCGCUGAAGCACAGAGAAGCAACUAAGUGCGCAGAGAUGCAAGAAUUGGAGGAUGAAUUGAAUGAAAUGAAGCACAAAAAUGAAGCAGAAAGGCUUCAAGACUUGGAGUCUGUGCUGUUAAAACGCAAGAGAAGAGUUGAGAAAUGCAGGCGGCUAGCAGAGGCACAGUCCUCUUACAGGGAUUUACUGGAGAAGAUGAUUCGGGACUCCAUGCACCAGACCGUUGUUUACAAGGAGCAGAUAAAAUUGAAUCAGACUGCCAACAGCGCUCUCAUGGCAAGAUUAGAAGCCCAAAGGGCAAUCUGCUACUCAUCGGAGAAAGAACUCCACAGGAGAUUCAAGCAAAGAGACGAGCUUGAGAACCAGAUAAGGCCUUACUGGGAGCAAGUGAGGAAAAGAUCUCGAAUUGAUGAUACCCUCUCUGAAGAAAGAUGUGAUAAAACCAUGCAAUUGUUGCCAGGAAGAGGGACGCGAAUGCCUUUGAGGAAGGAACUGAGACAGUUAUUGGAAGAGCAGAAGGCAUUUGAAGCCAGGGUAUCUCUUGCUGAAGAGGAGAAACAAGAAGAAGAGAAACAAAGAGAUAGGCAUCUGAUUAUCACAGAUAACGUAACAGCACCAGAUGAUAAACUUCUGAAAUUAUCUAUCAGAGAGGAGGAUUGGAGAAAGCCUCGAGGAGAGAAGAAGAUACGAUCAGUUCCUCAAAGCCCACGAAAGGAAGACGAUGAUGAUGGGCAAUGCAGAAAGGCUAUCCAAAAGAUGAAGGUGCGUUCGGUUCCUCAAAGCCCACAAAAUGAUGACGAAGAAUAUAGAAAGAGGAUUGGGAAGGUGAAUUUGGACAAAUGGCUUCAGAUGCUUUUGGAGGACAACCAGGAUGGCCCGCUUCCAGACUCGUCUCAGAACAUCAGUGCUCCAGCAACUGGGACUAAUGAAAUUGUCAAGAAGCUGAACUGAGAAACCCACAACGAGGAACUUCUGAUUUUCAGUGUGUUAAUCAUAGAGAUGAGGAGAGAGAGCAUGAAAAAGGUCAAAAGAUGGCUGAAAAGAGAAUUACCAAUGAGGUGGGUAGCACUCAUAAAGGUGUUGGAAGUAGUAAGAGUUUUGAAGGUAAGGAGUGGCUUGUAAGAUGUGAGAAUGCUAGAGCAUUCAAGCCAACCCCACCACCAUCUCAUCUCCUUCAGUGAUUUUGGGGGUGAGGAGAGCAGCAGAUUGCACAGGCAAGAAACCAGUAGUACUUGGUGACCAUGAACGUCAUGAUGGUGACGAGAUCAAUAUGAUGGCCCUCAAAAGUUCAUCAACAAAUCCAUCAAGACCAGCAGCCAAGCAAUCAAGAAAGCAGUAGAAACUUGGGUUUUCUUUGUUCUGUUCUUAAUGGGUCUUAGUAGAAGUUAUAGCCGAGUUGGCAUUUGGAGAUUGUGCCCUCUACUGUUUAAAUGUUUCUCAAAUUUGCAGGUUGUGUAUGAUACAUGUAGUGAUAUAACUACUUGUUGUAUUCAA